UUCUCUUUCAAAAUGAAAUAAGAAUGUACCUAAACAUUAAACAAUAUAGUUGUUAUUACAAUUCUAUAUUACUGAUUUUAUUCACACUAAAACUAAGUAGGUAGAUAGAUACAUACAUAGUUAUAAAUUAAUUUAUUUCACCGUAGUUUAAUAAUGGCGCAGGAAGACGAUGAAGAGGAUCUCACUUUUAACGUAGAAGAAGUGCAGAACAUCGUACGGGACAAUAUAGAGUUUUGUCUUGGAGGGAAUAUUUACAGUCAUUCACGAACGCCUCAAUGGAUCACUGUCAUCACAGAGAAGACGCUGUCGAGGCUCAAUAAACUAAACAAGCCGUUCAAAUACAUCAUGAGGAUGACGGUGACCCAGAAAAAUGGCACGGGUUUGCACACGGCGGCCGCAUACUUUUGGGAUACUGCCACGGACGGAACUUGUACCGUGCGUUGGGAAAACAAGUACAUGUAUUGCAUAGUUAAUAUUUGGGCACUAGCGCUACAGCUUUAAUUUUAAUGUCUAUAUAAUUACGGUUUCCUUAAACAAGUUAUAAAUAAAACAAAAACAUAAAGCACAUUUUAGUAUUUUUAUUUUUGGUAAAAUUUACCACAAUACAAAAUAAUGAUAGAAAUAAAUAAAGUAAUAAAAUGUAUAGACAGGUCAUAGAACUAUGCAUUGUAAAAUUGGUGCUUUUAAAGCAAUAUAAUAUAAUUUAUAAUAACAUUAGGCAAAAUGGCAUGUGUACAUUAAAAAUAAAAGCAUUAUUUUAACACAAAAUAAUAUCAAGAGCAGACAUUUCUUUACUUAAUACAAUUAACGAAAUUAUUCAUCACUAAGUGAUUUGGUCUUUUAAAAAAUAUAUUUGUAGGACUAAUAAAAUGCACAUGCGCUUAAUUUAAGCAUGAUCUCAUUUUUACACAACUCAAAUAUUAAAAUAUAAAUCGAUCGAUGAUUAACAACACUGUCAGGGUCAAGAGAUAAAAACUAGAGGCGUUUUUGUGUCGUGGCGUAGUGAUAAACAUUGCAAUGUGUAUAGACGCGGACGUUCUAAUAACGGACCUUUAGAUACAGAGAUAAGAAAAUCGUGUCUAUCACUCUCGAACCAUUAGUAUUGGGAAAUAGGAACUAUACAUAUACUUGAGAUAGGCCAAUUCUCAACUACAUUACCCGUAUUUUUGACCUAGUGGUCUUUUGCAGGGUCGAAUACUGGUACAAAAUUUUUAAUGUUAAAACUGCCAAAACAUAUCGUUUUAUUAUGUUAAAAAAGUGGUGUAUAGUAACGGUACACCAAUAUGAUAAGUUAUAUUUUGAUCGUUAUUACAACGGUAAAUUGCCCAUAGAUUUAUCAUAUCAAUGGUAAAUGUGCGUUGAGCGAGGAUACAUUGUACAUGGCAUACAACAUAGAUAUAGAUUUAUAAUUACCGGUAUUAAUAUAUACCGGUAUAGUAAAACGACACCUAGAAACCGUUAAUGGAUAUAUGGGUAUCGUUAUUUUGUAAUGUUAACAUAAAGGUACUUUGGUAAUGCUACUAAAAAAUACCGGUAAUUCUGACCCUAGUUUUUUGUUUCAGUUUGAUAUACUUAAAUGAAACUAAUUUCCCGUUUAUCGAAGGACUAAAUUAAAAUAUGGGAUGUUUAGCUCAUGUACAAUCGUUGGUAUGUAAACUACUGUGUCAAUAAUUCAGAAGUUAUAUUUGGGACACAUGUUUGUCGUGGGCUUACAACAAAAAAAAAAAAAAAAUUUUCCAUAGAAACUAUUAGCCAAUUUCUAGUACUUUAAAAGAAAAUGAUGAACUCAUGUUCCAAGAGUGAUAAAAUACAGCUACUUAUACACGGCACAAAAACGCAACUUCAUAAAAUAUACGGAACGUACAAAGAAAAGAAGUAAAAGAGAAAAUAAUAAUAAUUCAGAUUAACAUUAUUUGAAUAAAAAACUUAUAUUAAAAAUAGAUGUUAAUUAUAGGUCAUAUUGAUUAAAAUUACCUGUACUUUGUUAUUUAUUAUCGUUACUCGAUGUACAACUUCUACUAUGUUUACUGAUCAAUUUAUUUGUAACAUGUAUUACAAUUAACUAAUGAAAAUAUACUUGAUUGUAUGGCUAUAUAAAAAUUUUAAUUCCUAAAGACUAGUCCACAAGUUAAUUGUUUCAAAAAUGAGUGCAUAAAAAAAUAACAAGGUGAAAUAAUAUAAAAAAUCCCAACAUCCGGUGAACCUAAGACUUGGCUAACACUACAGUACCACUACUUUUUCUUUAAUGUGGUAAAGCUAGAUUAGACGGAAAUUCGACAGAAUGGAUGAAGCCAUAAUAAUAUAAAAAUUGUUAAGAUUUUUUAAAUUAAACACAAUUUGACGUGUAAACUCUAUAACAAGUAUGUCCAGAAGUCCCAACAAGAUAAGUAAAUAAAUUGCAUAUUAUUGUAAUUGAAUUGUCAAAAAGCAACAUUGCUUACAAUUACUAGAGUUGCCAUUCAUCCAGAUAACUUAUUUAACGUUUUAAGCAUUUAAUUACACUAUAAAAUGGACAUAACUACUGUUGUAAAAUUGUACUCCUUUCGAGGUCAAAUUCAUAAACCACCGAGUCCUUAUUUAGCUUAUUUAGAAAUGGCAACCCUAGUAACAGUUUCCAGUAAAUGAAGUAAUCAGUGCAGUUCCAGCUGUACAGAAUGUAUUUUUAUUACUAAAACUAUCAUUUAAACGGUUUUACUGGUUCACCUAUAGAAUAUGUUAAUACUGCUUAAUAGAUGCAGUUACUGUUCGGUCUUAAACUAGUUUCGCAUUCGGUUCUGCAUCUAAUAUUAUUAUUAUUAACUAGAAUUGUGAAAAUUUCAAAAGUCACUGGUACUUAAAAUUUAUAAAAACUGUGAUGACACUGUGAUGCGUUAAAUUCUAUUUCUCUACACAUAAAAAUAAAAUCACACGAAAACCGUAUUUUAUUAGAAAAUAAAAAU